UGUGCAGCUAGGUUUAAAUACUUGUGUGAUUUCCUCCUUUUGAGGACUGUCGUCGUGUAGGCAGGAAGUCUAGAAAUCACAGCAAAUUAAGGAAUCUGUCGUCUUUUCUUUUUUAAAUUAUUUUUUAAUUAUAGAAAAGAAAAAUUACAGAAAAGAAAAAAGAGAUAGAGAAAAUUACACAAAUGUAACACAUAACAUCUCACAUAUGUCUUACGCAUCAACCUACAUUUCAUCUCUCUGUUAUAUCAGCCCCCUAUCCUAUCUACUCAUUUCGAUUUAUUCUGUUGAAAGUCUAGAAAUCACAGCAAAUUAAGGAAUCUGUCUUUUGUGCACACCGCAUCCAUUAUUCAGAGAACUUGAGUUUUGUAAAAUGACAAGUUGCUAGCCCUCAUGAUAGAGCAAAGCUUUAAGUUACUCUAUCUAUCUAUCUAUCUAUCUAUCUAUCUAUCUAUCUAUCUAUCUAUCUAUCAAAUUUGUACUCCACCCCAAACUUUAAUCUCUGGGCAGUUAACAGCAACAUAAAACAAGUUAAAACGUACACAAAAAUCUUAAAACAAUGUAGGCCAUCUAAAAAUUAAAAACAGAUUAAAACUUAAAAAUUUUAAAAGCAGAAAAAGCUUGGCUUUUAAGUGCUUUUUAAAAAUUGUCACAGAUGGGGAGGAUCGUAUUUCAGUAGGGAUCGCAUUCCACAGUCUCGGGGCAGCAACCGAGAAGGCCCGUCUCUGUGCAGCCAUCAGACGAGUUGGCGGUAACUGGAGACUGACCUCUCCAGAUGACCUCAGUGGGCGGUGGGGGUCAUAAUGAAGAAGACGUUCUCUUAAAUACCCAGGGCCCAAGCCCUUUAGAGCUUUAUCGGUAGUAACCAGUACCUUGUAUUUUGUCCGGAAAUGUAUUGGCAGCCAGUGUAGCUCUAUCAGCAAAGGAGUGAUAUGGUCUCUCCGAGAUGACCCAGACACCAACCUGGCUACUGCAUUCUGUACCAACUGGAGUUUCCAGACAACAUACAAGGGCAGCCCCACAUAGAGCACACUGCAGCAGUCAAGUCUGGAGGUUACCAACAGAUGUACCACUCUUUUGAGGUCGUUCAUCUCAAGAAACGGAUGGAGCUGGUGUAUCAGCCAAAGAUGAUAGAAAGCACCCCUGGCCUCAACCUGGGAUACCAGGGAGAGGUGUGGAUCCAGAAGCUUAUUAAAGGACUACAGCAAAGAAAGACUCGCGACGCCCUGAUGUGCUCACCGUGACUCCUUGGCUUGCUCCGAUUGUCUGGGAAGGAACAUUUAACUCGGAAAUGUUGGACAGCACCUACAAACCUCUGAACCUCACCAUUGGAGUUACAGCCUUUGCCAUUGGAAAAUACACACAAUUUGUGAGGGCCUACCUGGAGUCAGCAGAAGAGUACUUCAUGAAGGGCUACCACGUGAACUAUUAUAUCUUCACCGACAAUCCUCAAGACAUCCCUGCCAUUCCUCUGCAGCCCGGACGAAACCUCAGUGUCAUCCGCAUGAAAAGAUACAACCACUGGCAAGAGAUCUCCAUGCGGCGGAUGGAAAUGAUCAACAGACACAUCGCCGAGCGAGCCCAUCGGGAGGUGGACUACCUCUACUGCUUGGACAUUGACAUGGUGUUCCAUAACCCCUGGGGCGCGGAAACCUUUGGGGAGAUGGUGGCAGCCAUCCACCCGGGUUACUACAUGGUUCCCCGGCAGAAGUUCCCGUACGAGAGGAGAGAGAUUUCUGCAGCCUACAUCUCAAGCGAAGAGGGAGACUUCUACUAUGGUGGGGCGGUCUUCGGAGGCCUGGUCAAGAACGUCUACGAGUUCACCUGGGCGUGCCACAUGGGCAUCUUGGCGGACAAAGCCAAUGGGAUCAUGGCCGCCUGGCAGGAAGAGAGCCACCUCAACAGACACUUCGUUUCCCAUAAGCCGUCCAAGCUCCUCUCGCCAGAGUACAUCUGGGAUGACGCCAAACCGAAGCCCCCUGAACUGAGGCUCAUACGCUUCUCCACCGUGUUGAAGGACUACAGCAAGAUCAGGACUUGACCGCAGCUGGCCCUGUCUGAGCCUGUGAAUGUCUGGCCAUGGGAAGGAGACCUUGGGAGUGAAUUUUUGGACCUUCACUUAUCGGCUUUGUUGCGGAAUCAGCUGCCAGGGCCUUCCGAAGGGUCUAAUGCUGACCCCUGCACAUAUGUGCCCGUAGCCUUUGUACAGUGGUAGUGGAAGAACUUUCUCCAGGCCCAACCAGGUAGAAGCCCUGAAAAACUAGCCAGCUGAAAUUAGGUGAAUGCACUUCUUUUUACACUGGAAUUUGCUGGGGGGAAGGUUUACAUAAUUUAAUUUUUUAGAAGAAAUUCUGAAUAUAACCAGCAGAUUUUAAUUGAUGAUCUGAACAGAUUUUUAACACUCAGUAUUUAUCAGAUCAGUAAUUAUUUUUUUUAAGUCAUGCCCAAGAGAAGCAGAAGGUCUUCCUGAGAUUCAAAUUUACUAUGAUUCAAAUGAAUCACAUAUGGUAAUUAUCCACUGAAAUGAAAAAUGUUUGAAGUUGACAUCCUACAAAGGUCAAAAACGGUUCUUUUGUUUCCCUUUCACAAGCACAUUAAUCAAAAGUUCUAUUACACAUAUUUAAUUUCUUGGACUUUCCUAUUAGGGUAAUCUCUGCGAAAUGACUUGACCCGGUCAACAACAGGCCUCAGCUACUAGUAAAAAAUAAAUAAGUUGGUUUCCUGUCCCAAAA